GCAGAUGCGCAACGAUCAACGAGAUGUGUGCCUGAUAUGAUUGAACAAUUCGGUGAGCUUACGUAGCUUCGUAGCACUUGACUUCGGUUCACGACAUCGACAAGUACAUCGAAAAAGAGGAAGGGAGUAACAACAGUUUACUAUUUGGUAGUUUCCAUUAACGGAAAGCUAUUCACCAAAGUGACUAAGAACUGUGCUGAUAUCGUAGGAACGGAAUUUGGCAAACGAGAUCUCAACAACAAUCCAGAGUUGCCAUGGAGAUCCGCAUGCUACGACCACGUAACAAGCAAAUAUGGAGGUUGCUGGUGCAUUGCGUGACGCUUUGCAUCUUCAUACUUGGUCCAGUGGCAGCUGACAGUUACGGAUACGAUUCGGCUUCAUCGUGUGAUCCGACAAGAGCGUCACGCCGGGGACGUUCGCAACUGCUCAAGACGAUCCCGUGCGAUCUGAGUGUCCAGGCGUAUUGUAAUCUGCCCGGAUCUGCCUAUCCCUGGCAUGCGGUGCGUCGGUUUGUGCACGAAAACCAGGGUCUGAUGCGGCGGAUGUACGGUGACGUUCGCCAUAUCUCCGUGCUGAAGGAGGAGUUUGAGAACAACGAGAUCGACAUCGAUGACAUCGAUCGUGCGGCUGAGCGGUACUCUCAGCGUCCAUUGGACGGCAAGCGACGUGCGGAUGGGGCCAAACGCAUGAAAUAUCUUCGACCUUCGGCCUCACAUUACGCCGAAACUGGAGGAGCACACUAUCUGCGUGACAAAAACAACGAGAUCUUGUACAAUGAGCCACACUUCCGUCCAGCCCAACAGAAGACCACUUCUACGACGACAACUGGGACACCAGCAACGACAACGACGACCACCACCAAACCGACGGUAAUGAUGACGACGACGACGACGACAUCAGCUCCGGUGACGACCUCAAGGAGUACGGCUUCUUACACAACCGGUGAAUCACCGCCACCGCUGAGUAAUCUGACCACCACUGAAUCGAUCACUUACUCAACGGCGAGAUCUGUUCCAACGGAAGCUGAAGACAAAGGAUCUUUAGGUGAUAGUCAGAGACAGACUAGUUCUGCGGCUCCUACUACCACUACUUCGACGUCAGAAAGAACUCUUGAUACUAAGGAUGUUCUUAUAAACAGUGUCGAUGGUAAUACCAUUCAACCAAGCAACGUAACCACGUCUGGUAAGGAAGACCCUCCUUUAACAUCUCCAGAGUCCAGUGAACCGGAAGCGGAGAAGAUAUCGUCGACACUGCGGUUAGCUGUUACGUCGAUCAAAUCACCGCUCGUGGAGCAGGAAACCCUCAAGCUUGCUGCCACUACGGAAAGCGAUGCAAGCGCUGUACUCGAGUCCACCAUCGUAAGUAAUCCGAAUGAUCGCGAAGAUGUGGAUGUAACGGAUGGACCGGGACAGCGAGAGGGAGAAGGAUUGGGAGUGGUUGAUAGCGAGGCUAACAGUAAGAAUGCGGCCGGUACAACGGUUCAACCGGAUCCGGUCCAUGAGAGUAGCAGUACGACUGCUCAGCUCCAGCAGAAGAUCCGUUUCGAAAGCAUUAAACCACAUACUAGUGCCUCAGCUAAGAAGCCGAUUGCCGAGGGACAACUGUUUCAGGAUACGACCCAAAAGGAGACACCCUCGGUGAACAUGCGUGGAGUUAACGCAUGCCCGGUAAAGGAAGAAGUGGUGGCACCAUUCUGGGCUAACAAUACUCGUGGCGAGGUACUCGCGCUGCUCAAUCUGUAUCCCUUUGAGCAGUACGUUCACUGGGAGAAGUGUACGCACGAGCUGAAGCAGAUGUACUGCAGGGAAGGAUGCCGCUGCGAGCAGCAAUAUCGUCUGCAUCGAUUACUGGCCUACGAUCCGCACAAUGAGUGUCGCGGCAUUUUCUCCGACUGGUUCCGGUUUCCGUCCUGCUGCAUCUGCAAAUGCUACGAUAUGCCGUUCGAUGUCCGUGUCACCUCGCGUAGCCCUCGCUCGCUGACGAAGGAAUCGAUCGAGCAAGUCGAGGGUGAACUACAGCAUGCCAUCUACGAGCACGCCACCGAUGAUUGGUAUCGACCGAAGGAUACUGAGGAUCACGAGUAAAAUAUGGGCCAGACCGCAUCCCUCUUCCCUUGCGAUCAUUAACGUUACAUGCUCCAUGAAAGGCUAGUGAUACGAAUGCGUGUGUGCGUGUGUAUGUGUGCGCGUGUGUGCGUGUGUAUGUUAUAUAUAGAGCGCUUACUGCCGACGUACUUACCGAUAGUGGUCCGAGACAAGUGUACUGAGGGUGUAGACCCGUGACGGCCCCUCUGUUGGUAUUUUUCUUCCAAAAUUCUAUAGGUCCUUCAUCGAUAGCGAACAAAUGGGCUAAGCAAGUAGCAUGUAAUAAUAAUGCUGAAUAUGGUUUCAAGAUUUUUAUGAUACAAUAAUAAUUAUAUCGUCAAUAAUAAUGAUAAUAGUAAACUACCGUCGAUGGUGUAAAGAUUUAUCUAGAUAUAUCUAGAUACGUAUAUAUAUAUAGAUAUAUGUAAAUGUAUAA